UACACUGUAAAACAUGAGAAGAUUAGAAUAGAAUGUGACAGAUGUCAACAUGGAAGUAUGAUACAUAAUGUAUUGUAUUCCAAAUUAUAAUUACUAAAGAGCAUUUGAAGAUAAAAUGAUCAACACAGUCAUUUGUGGACACUAAGUUUCUUUUCAUUUAAAGGUGCAAUCUAUGAUGAUGUUCAGAAACACUCAUACUGGGUGAAAUGGUCCUUCUCUCCCAAUAGUCGUCAAUGCAAUAUGUGAUCAGAAAAACAAAAUAAAUCUGACCAUGGUGGAAGCUGCAAAACAUUAAAAACAUUGACCAGUCGUAUCAUUCAGUCCGACUCAGGGCCCCCUGUGCCCCGCAUGCACACGUAUCAGGUUCACUGUUGCUGGAAAUGCUCGCUGCUUAGCAGAGACACCGGGUAGCAGGAGAACACCUUUAUUCGGACACAAUGGCAGAGAAGAAGCAGCCAAAACUGGUUUAUUUUCCUUUACAAGGCCAUUAUGCAUCAACUACCAGCCUAUUUGUGUUCGUUACUGACUCAAAAGCCUGUUUGUAGUCUAAAUCUUCGCUCUCAUGGACAAAUCUUGUAUCAAAUUCCUCGAACUCGCUCUGCUUUUGGGGAAAGAGCUUUUAGUGUCUAUGCUCCAACUUCCUGGACUGAGAUCCAGGCUCAUUUUAAACUUGAUCACUGUAUCAGCUUAGACAAUUUUAAAACUAGAAUUAAGGAUCACUUAACCAGUGUUUGCACUUGUUUUAUAAAUUAGCUGAUGAUGAUUUAAUCCUGGAUGUAAUCUUUUAUGUUUGUUAUUCAAUGUGUGUCAUUUCUGUGUAACUUUUUGUGCUGCCUUCUUGGCCAGGAUCCUCUUGAAAAAGAGAUUUUUAUCUCAAUGAGAAUUUCCCUGGUUAAAUAAAGGACAAUAAAUAAAUAAAUCAAAUAAAAACACCUCCAGCGCCCGUGAGGGCUCAACCCCACAACCAGGCAGAGAGAAGAGACAGACACAGGCAGGAGAGGCUGCCAUGAAGAAGGUUGGAAGAAGCUGGAGGACAAAGAGGAGCCAACAUGGCAGCCUCCAGCUGAGUGGUUACAUCUUGCAGCCUUACCUGAAAUUUUUAACGUGUCUUUGAGUGUUUCUGAACAAUAUUUCUCAUUGUUACAAUAAUAACUAGAAAAUUCCACAGGAGAUUUUGAUAUGUGUGCUGCCCAUCUGCUGCCGCUCCCCGCUUGCCAAUUGUGAUGGAGAUGCAGCAAAGCAUCGGUGCACUACAGUCUGCUUUUUGUUUUUCGGAAGUGUGGACAUGCAAGAUCGCCACUGAGUGAGACAUGUACACCAAUGAGCCCACUCUCGAGACGUGUCAAAUAUGGUGUGGAUACGUCAAAGCAUUGAUGAAUCAGUGCCUACUUCCUGUUUUUUGGCUGUUGGGACAUCCAAAAUGGCCCCCGAGUGGGACAUGUUGUGAGAGUGGGCUCAUGAGUGGAUGUGUCAAAUAUGGUGCAGAUACAACAAAGUGUCAAUGAUUUGGGGCCUUUCUCCUGAAUCUGACUCGACACACAAGGAAAUCAGGUUGUGUCUGUGUUGUGAUGGGCGUCGCCUGUCCUUUGAGUAGGAAACAUCUCACAGGUGACACUCAUUUUGCUCCACUAAGCCUCAGCCCUUCAGAAGGGCCUGAACAGACGGAGGAGACAGGAGGAGACAGAGGUCAAAUCACAUUUCUGCCUCAAGAUAUAACAUCACAAUCCAGCUCCUAGUACAAAAAAGUGUAACAAAGUACAAAACCCCAAAACCCAAAAAGCGGCUCUGUGCCAUUAAAAAUAAUUGUACAAAAAAAUACGGUCGCGUACGCGCGCAUUUCCUAUUCCGGUUAAGUGAUUUUAUUGUGAAAUCACACAGGAAGCGCGCGGUACGGUUGACAGCAGCUUAACAGCAAACUCCGUUCUCUCGGUGAAGUACAAGUCCUGUCAAAAGCAAAAGUGGAGCAGAAAGGCGAUUUUGUUAGAUGUAUGUCUGCAGUUUCAAAUGCCACCAAGGCUCAGUCCGACAAGUGAUGCCAUCCGUCAUGUUCUCUCAAAGACGGACAAAACUUCAAAACUGGAAGUUAAAUACAUAAAUGCAGAGAAAGGACGAGGAGUAUUUGCCACAAGCAAAUUUCCCAGAGGAGAAUUUGUAGUGGAGUACCGGGGUGAUAUGAUCAAUGAUGUUGAAGCCCAAAGAAGACGAAAGGUUUUCCACCCAUCGUGUACUGCCUUUUUUUUUGCUUUCAAGUGGCGAGGGAAAUUUUGGUGCAUUGAUGCCUCAAGAGAGGAUGAAUCAUUGGGGCGACUUCUUAAUGAUCAGCACAAAGGCCCUAACUGCCGAAUGAAAAAGAUUGAUGUGGAUGGGAUGCCGCACUUGUGCCUAUUUGCUAUCAAAGACAUAAAUGAGGGGGAUGAAAUCACCUACGACUACGGAGGGGAUGACUGCCCAUGGAGAAGUCAAGCAAGCACACAUGCUAAACAUGACCCUCGUGUGGAUGGCUCCCAUGCUGAUGUCCCUCCAGGGCCACAGAUGGAUGAUGACUCCACAUCCAAUCAACAGGCAAGCACACAAGCUCAACAUGACCCUCGUGUGGAUGGCUCCCAUGCUGAUGUCCCUCCAGGGCCACAGGUGGAUGAUUACACCCAUGACGUCAUGUCCAUAGAACAGGCAAGCACACAAGCUCAACAUGACCCUCGUGUGGAUGGCUCCCAUGCUGAUGUCCCUCCAGGGCCACAGGUGGAUGAUUACACCCAUGACGUCAUGUCCAUAGAACAGUCAAGCACACAAGCUCAACAUGACCCUCGUGUGGAUGGCUCCCAUGCUGAUGUCCCUCCAGGGCCACAGGUGGAUGAUUACACCCAUGACGUCAUGUCCAUAGAACAGAGUGAGACAAAAUUCCAAAAUGAAGACGAGAUUGCUGUCCCAAGACUUAGACGGACAAAAAGUAUCAUUAUGAUAAACACAGAUUUUGAAGACUUGAGUGAGUUAUACGACUCUACAUCAGAGAGUGGCGAUGAGUAUGUGCCAGAUUCCACGUCUGAAAGUGACGAAAGUGAUGUCAGCAUUUCAACAACUGAAAGGAAACAAAGGUGGCCAGUGGGUGAAUUAUUUUCUGACUCUGAAGUGGUGACUCCAGUAUGUGACUCCACAACAGUAGGUGACUCCACAACAGUAGGUUACUCAACGACACCAGACCUUGAAAACUUGAGAACAAACAUCAGUACAUGUGAUGUCAGUACAGACGAAGAACCCUGCUCAAGUCAAGAUGCAACUGACACCAUACUUGUGCAAGCUUCACAAAAGAGGCAUGGAAAAAGAGUUUACAACAAACGACAGUAUUGCUUAUAUUGCAAAAAAGCAAAUGCAAAAAUGGCCAGACAUCUAGAACGUGCACACCACGAUAAAGUUGAUGUGGCUCAAGCUAUAAGUUUACCAAAGGGUUCCUUGGAGAGAAGAAAACUGCUUGACUAUAUUCGCAACAGAGGCAACUAUGCCCACAACGCUGCUGUGCUGGAGUCAGGGAGAGGAGAGUUGGUUCCAUUUAAACGCCCGAAUAAAGAUGCACAGGGGAAGGAUUUCAUGCAUUGUGCAUACUGCCAAGCUCUUUUCACACGAAAAGUCCUGUGGCGACAUAUGCGAAUUUGCAAACUUAAGCCUUCAUCGAUACCUGUCAAACCAGGAAAAAAUCGUGUUCAGUCUAUGUGUACAUUCAUGCAGCCUGUGCCAUCACACAUCGGGAAACAGAUGUGGGGAGUUAUCAGUGCCAUGGUUGCUGAUCCGAUCACUGAUGCUGUGAAAAAAGACAAUGUCAUCAUCCAUGUUGGGCAGCACCUGUUGAACAAGGGUGGGAUGUCAGCCAAGAAUCAACAGUGUGUGCGUGACAAAAUGCGAGAAAUGGGAAGACUGGUUCAUAAUGCCAGAAAAGUUACCCCCUUAAAAACAGUGGAGGAUUUCAUAAAUCCAAAGAAUUACUUGCAGGUGAUCAAAGCUGUCAAGGUGACUUGUGGCUAUGACAGUGAUUCUCACAAAUUCACAAUACCAUCACUUGCCAAGAAAAUUGGCCAUACAUUGGUCAAAGUCAGCAAACUCCUAAAAGCUCAGGGCUUGAUCAUGAACAACCAUGAACUUGUGAAAAAUGCCACUGAGUUUCAGGAAGUCCACAACGAAAGGUGGAAUGAAAUGAUUUCUGCGACAGCACUACGUAACCUCAAUGAAGCAAAGUGGAAUGUUCCCACUCUGAUGCCGUUCACAGAAGAUGUGCAGAGACUGCACCAGUUUCUCAGUCAAAAGCAAGAGGAGUACUGCAAAGAACUCUCUGAAAGUCCUUCCACAAAGACCUGGAUAGACUUGGCAAAGGUGUGCUUAGCACAGAUCAUCCUCUUUAACCGUCGCAGGGAAGGAGAAGUGGCAAGCAUGCCCUUGUCUGCAUUUUUGUCAAGAGACGAGUCUGAUCAUCACCAGGAUUUGGACUGGGCACUGUCAGAAGUAGAGAAAAGACUCUGCAAACAUUUCACAAGGAUUGUGAUCAGGGGAAAAAGAGGUAGACCGGUUCCUAUUCUUGUGACUCAGAAAAUGCUCAGUGCACUGGAACUCCUGGUUUCAGAGAGAGAGGCUUGUGAGGUACUCAAAGAGAAUUGCUACAUGUUUGCAAGGCCAGCUGCUAAAACGCAUCUCCGUGGUUCGGACUGCCUCCGUGCUUUUGCAGUAGCAUGUGGUGCAAAGUGUCCCAAGGCACUGACCUCCACCAGGCUGCGGAAACAUGCUGCAACACUCUCAACGGUUCUCAACAUGACGGAUACAGAGAUGGACCAGUUGGCUAACUUUCUUGGGCAUGACAUUAGAGUCCAUCGUGAGUUUUAUCGACUACCUGAGAAAACACUGCAGCUUGCCAAGGUUAGCAAGCUUCUCAUGGCCCUUGAGCAAGGAAGAUUGGCUGAGUUCCAUGGCCAAAACCUGGAUGAAAUCACAAUAGGGCCAGAUGACAUGGUCAUUUGUCCUGUUGAGACUGAUGAGACAGCUAAAACCAGGGGACGACACGAUUCAUCUCAAGAAGAGACUCUUCCACUGACAGAAGAAGAAGGCCCCCCACUGACAGAGGAAGAAGGCCCCCCACCAACACGCAAGAGAGAUACACCAUCAGCAGCAGAAGAUGACCGUGUCGGAGCCGCAACACCUGUUGAAGAAUCAUCAGCAGAGGUGAGGAAUGCAGUCCCAUCAGUGAGCAAGAGGAGCAAGCCACUUUCUGGAGAUGAUGACCGGCUCACAGCUGUGAUGUCUGUCAAAGGUAAAGCUCCCAGGAAAAGAAAACCAUGGCAGGACGAAGAGGUAAAAGCCGUUGAAAAGCAUAUGAAGCGGUUCAUCACUUCAUGCAUCGUCCCUUCAAAGAGAGACUGUGAAAAGUGUCUAAGAGCUGAGCCAGCAGCUCUCAAUAAUCGGGAUUGGCAAAUGUUAAAAUAUUAUGUAUACAACCGCAUCACAGCGUACAAAAAGAAAGUCCAGCAUUCCUAAUGUUUAAAAAAGGCUGAUUCUGCUAGUUUUGUGAGCAGUGCUUUGCUUAUGUCUUAUGUUAUGGUUAUUUUCACUGUUUUUCUUAGCUUGAUACUUGAAAGCUUAAAGUUGGGGCCAACGUGGCAGGCCAUCUGUUUAUUAAACAGUGACAAUUAUUUCAAUUGA